UACGAUUCCACCACCACUUGGCCUCUCUCCGACUUUUAUAUCUCCCCCUCAAAACAAAAACCAGACCCCUUCGUCAAUCUUCGCUCUCUUUUUUCUUUAUCUCUUCUUCCCCUUUCUCCUCUACUUGAUAAGCCAGCUCAGUUUCUCAAACGCCCACAUUCUCAAAUGGGCGGUCCGAUCGUCUUGACCCAGAUAGCUCAGGGCCUCGGCGUCCUUGCCGGAGCCGCCAUCGUCAAAUCCCUGAUGGACAAACCCAUGGCCGGCCCCUUUCCCCGCUGCCCCAGUUGCAACGGAACGGGUCGGGUCACCUGCCUCUGCUCGCGGUGGUCGGACGGUGACGUCGGCUGCCGGACUUGUUCCGGGUCGGGUCGGACUUUCUGCAGUAGCUGUGGCGGGUCGGGUACGGGUCGGCCUUUGCCGGUUCAGCUCUCCGUGAGGCGUCAAAACAACCCGCCCGGUUCGGUCUGAGUUUGUUUUUAG